AGAGGUUCAGUGUGUGUGUGUGUGUGUGUGUGUGUGGAGGGGGAGGGGUGGGUGUGGUCCUGUGGCUCGAGGAUUUAAAACAGUCUCAGUUUCUCAGAGUCAGUGUUUGUGAGCAGCGUUCAGGUGAACUCAGGUCUCAGACGAUCAGGAUGGACCUUGCAGAAGCUCUUGGUGAUUGGCCCACUGGUGACAACCAACCAGCAGGUGGUGGUCCUUGGCUUGGAAACACCAGCAACACCACCUGGGCAGGUCAGGCUCCUGCCAACCCCGCCUGGCCCGUAGGUCCUGGUCCGACUGGAGGUGGAGGGGGGGUGUGGCCUGGAGGAAACCCCGGCCAGCCCACCGAACAACCCUCAGCACCUGGAGGAUGGCCUAGUCAUGCACCUGGAGCUGGACCAGCACCUGGAGGGUGGCCCGGUCCUGCACCUGGAGCUGGACCAGCCCCGGGAGGGUGGCCCAGUCCUGCACCUGGAGGUGGACCAGCACCUGGAGGGUGGCCCGGUCCAACACCUGGAGGUGGACCAGCACCUGGAGGGUGGCCCGGUCCUGCACCUGGAGGAGGACCAGCACCUGGAGGGUGGCCCGGUCCUGCACCUGGAGGUGGACCAGCACCUGGAGGAUGGCCCAGUUCUGCACCUGGACCUGGAACAGCACCUGGAGGAUGGCCCAGUUCUGCAACUGGACCUGGAACAGCACCUGGAUCUGGACCUGGACCAGGACCCACCUUCCCCACUCUCCCUCAGCAGAGUCUGAUGGUGCCGUACAACCAGGAUCUUCCCAAUGGAGUUUAUGACCAGAUGCUGAUCACCAUCGCUGGAACCGUCAAACCCAACGCUAACAAGAUUACUCUGGAUAUGUUUGCGUCCAACGACCUGGCAUUCCACUUCAACCCUCGCUUCAACGACGAGGGCAGGAAGACGAUCAUCAGGAACAGCUGCAUCGGGAAGAAGUGGGGCAAAGAGGAAAGAGACCUGCGGAACUUCCCCUUCGCCCAGGGGCGGCCAUUCGAGAUUAAGAUCCUUUGCACCAACAGCGAGUUUAAAGUCGCUGUCAACAACUCUCACCUGCUGGAAUUCAAACACCGGCUCACAAACCUCAGAUCCAUCAACAAGUUUUGUGUCUACAACGACCUCACACUGUCCAACAUCAGCGUGAAGACGGGGCCCUGACACGUCACCACACCCACUGGGUGGGGGGCGGGGCUUCAAACAGAGGAGAUCACCAGUUUCAUGAUACUAUAUUCAUCAUAGAUCUACAGAUCCAGUCAAGAUCUAUUUUAGAUCAAUCAAACAUCUAAUCAGUCAGUCCGCUAGAGAUUCCAUUUCAUCUGACAUAGAUUAACAGAAUAGAGAGGUUGUUCCUCAGAUCCUGUAGAUUUACUAGUGAUCCUCAGUGGAUCUUAAGUGGAUCUUCAAUAGAUCUUCAGCGGAUCUAGAGCGGAUCUUCAGUAGAUCUUCAGUGGAUCUUCAGUGAUCUUCAGCAGAUCUUCAACAGAUCCUCAGUAGAUCUUCAACAGAUCCUCAAUGGAUCUUAAGUGGAUCUUCAAUAGAUCUUCAGUGGAUCUAGAGCGGAUCUUCAGUAGAUCUUCAGUGGAUCUUCAGCAGAUCUUCAACAGAUCCUCAGUAGAUUUUCAACAGAUCCUCAGUGGAUCUUCAGUAGAUCUUCAACAGGUCCCCAGUAGAUCUUCAACAGAUCCUCAGUGGAUCUUCAGCAGAUCUUCAGUGGAUCUUCAACAGAUCUUCAGUAGAUCUUCAACAGGUCCUCAGUAGAUCUUCAACAGAUCCUCAGUGGAUCUUCAGCAGAUCUUCAGUGGAUCUUCAACAGAUCUUCAGUAGAUCUUCAACAGAUCCUCAGUAGAUCUUCAGUAGAUCUUCAAAUGGUCCUCAGUAGAUCUUCAACAGAUCCUCAGUGGAUCUUCAGUAGAUCUUUAACAGGUCCUCAGUUGAUCUUCAGCAGAUCUUCAGUGGAUCUUCAACAGAUCCUCAGUAAAUCUUCAAUAGAUCCUCAGUAGAACCUCAGUAGAUCCUCAGUAGAUCUUCAACAGGUCCUCAGUAGAUCUUCAGUAGAUCUUCAAACGGUCCUCAGGAGAUCUUCAACAGAUCUUCAGUGGACCUUCAACAGAUCCUCAGUAAAUCUUCAAUAGAUCCUCAGUAGAUCCUCAGUAGAUCUUCAAAUGGUCCUCAGUAGAUCUUCAACAGAUCCUCAGUGGAUCUUCAGUCGAUCUUUAACAGGUCCUCAGUGGAUCUUCAGCAGAUCUUUAACAGGUCCUCAGUGGAUCUUCAGCAGAUCUUCAGUGGACCUUCAACAGAUCCUCAGUAAAUCUUCAAUAGAUCCUCAGUAGAUCCUCAGUAGAUCUUCAAAUGGUCCUCAGUAGAUCUUCAACAGAUCCUCAGUGGAUCUUCAGUAGAUCUUUAACAGGUCCUCAGUGGAUCUUCAGCAGAUCUUCGGUGGAUCUUCAACAGAUCCUCAGUAGAUCUUCAGUAGAUCCUCAGUAGAUCUUCAGUAGAUCCUCAGUAGAUCUUCUUGUACUAGUUUUCUUUUGUUUGAAUUCAGGUGAUUCAUAUAAAUAAAAGUUAAUCUUCAACCUCAA